AUGUGGAAGAGAGGAUAUCAUCAACCCGUUGGAAGUGAUGGGAGAGGUUCUAGUGAUUUCCUCUUUGACGCAGAUUACAUAGAUUACCAAAAUGAUGUUUGUAAUCUCAGCGCCAAUAAUUUGAAUGGAACUACAAGUAAUGAUUCCAAUACAUCCAAAGGCAAAGAUAGGAGCAGUUCUGCCUCUUCAUCUUCGGGAAAGGGAUUUUUUAGAAGUUUAAUGAGCCAUGGUGAUUCAUCACCCAAAAAAGCUUCAGCUGCUCAAAGAGCUCGACUAGAUAGGUUUGAACAAUCGCAAAGUGUGUACCCCAAGUCAUUCUUAGAUUCAGCUAUUGAAAAUUCCAAACUACGUUCAAUGUCCCCUGAUAGGGCCUCGAUAAAUUCGCAACGUUCUAAUAGCUCAUUGUCUAUUCAGAGAACACCAUCGAACACAUUAUCGAAAUUGGGCUUGACAAAAUUGACUCCUAAAAGGGCAUCAGAUAGUCCAUUUGUCGAUUCUGAUGAGGAUUGGAAUGAUACACUAGAUGAUAUCAAUGAUACAAUUGAUGGCAACGGAAAAACCUCUGGACAGUUUCCAGGCAGAAACGAUGUUACUGCAAGUUUAAAAAUGGAAAACAUGUCACUAGAUGGCCUCUCUUUGAUGGAAAGAGAUGCUAAAGUUGACAAAAACUAUCCAUUUUUAAGGGCAGAUUAUCAGGAGAUCAUGGCAGAUCCUUUUUCUAUUUUAACUUCUCAACAGGCACCGAAAAAGGAUAUGAUCAAAUAUAACAAGAUCGUAAAAGAGUUUCUUAAACCAACCUUUGAGGUUUCUGAGUUGAAGAAACAAACUUGGGGAGGAAUACCAGCGUCUUUACGUGCGCUUGUAUGGCCAAUCCUUGUUGGGUAUUUAUCUACAAAUAAGAACACAAGGGAAUCAGCAUUGACACGAAAGCGUAAGGAGUAUGGAAACAGUAUAAGUAGACUGUUCAGAGGGGAUAAAGAUCAAUCCAUAUGGCAUCAAAUCAAAAUUGAUGUUUUGCGUACAAAUCCAAGUAUACCAUUAUAUUCAUUUGAAGCAACACAUAGAUCACUAGAGAAAAUAUUAUAUCUUUGGGCUAUUAGGCAUCCUGCCAGUGGAUACGUUCAAGGUAUUAACGAUUUGGUGACGCCUUUCUUUCAUGUUUUUCUACAGCAUUACCUUGCCGGUAAUGUAGAUGUCGAUACUUUUGAUCCUCAAUGUAUGCCAAAGGAAUUGCUAAAUAUAAUAGAAGCAGAUACAUACUGGUGUUUCACCAAAGUGCUAGAUACCAUUCAAGACAACUACAUUCAUGAACAACCAGGAAUAAUCAGGCAAAUAACAGAGUUGAAGAAUUUGAUCAAGAGAGACGAACCUUCAUUGAAUGCACAUUUUGAGAAGGAGCAUCUGGAUUUCAUCCAGUUUUCAUUCAGAUGGAUGAAUUGUAUGCUUAUGAGAGAGUUCAAACUGAAUUUGAUUAUUCGAAUGUGGGACACGUACUUGAGUGAUUUCCCCACAGGGUUCAGCCAGUUCCAUGUCUAUGUCUGCUGUGCAUUUUUGAGGCGAUUUAGUAACUAUCUCAUGGAUAUGGAAUUCCAAGAUAUCAUUAUGUUUUUACAGGACACAUCCAAAAACGAAGAUUGGACAGAGGAUGACAUUGAAAUGAUGUUGAGUGAAGCUUAUGUUUGGCAAUCACUCUAUGAAAAUGCAUCGGCACACUUGAAAUAG